UAACAUUAUUGUCAACUCCGGUCCUUUUGUUCUCUUAUUGCUUUUUUGAAGGGCCGUUGAGGGAAGAACAAAUACUAAAGGAAUCCAAAUAUAUCUUCCGAUUUGGUGGAAGAAUAUAAAUUUUUUAUGCUGCCUGAGCUUCUCUUUCAAUCUCGGCACUUUCCUUUGAUGAGGAAGUAAUAAAAACAAGCUAGCGUUUGUUGAUUAAGCUAUUUUUGGAAGAGAAGAAGUAAAACAAGAAAGCAAAAAAUGGAGAGUUACUUGAACGAGAACUUUGGAGACGUGAAGCCGAAGAACUCGUCGGAAGAAGCUUUGCAAAGAUGGAGGAAACUCUGUUGGAUCGUGAAGAAUCGUAAGCGAAGGUUUCGUUUUACGGCUAAUCUCUCCAAACGAUUCGAAGCCGAAGCCAUUCGUCGCUCCAAUCAGGAGAAAUUUAGGGUUGCAGUUUUGGUUUCACAAGCUGCUCUUCAGUUUAUCCAUGGUUUAAACUUGUCUAGUGACUAUGAUGCACCUGAAGACGUUAAAGCAGCAGGUUUCCAGAUUUGUGCUGAUGAGUUGGGAUCUAUUGUUGAAGGCCGUGAUGUGAAGAAGUUGAAAAUUCAUGGUGGGGUUGAGAAUAUUGCAGCCAUGCUCUCUACAUCUAUCAUUAAUGGUAUUCAUACUUCUGAGCAUAUUAUAAAUGAAAGGAAACGCAUUUAUGGAAUUAAUAAAUUUACUGAAACCCCUGCUCGAGGUUUCUGGGUUUUUGUGUGGGAAGCCCUUCAAGAUACAACCCUCAUGAUACUUGCUAUAUGUGCCUUUGUCUCUCUGGCUGUCGGCAUUACGGUGGAAGGAUGGCCAAAGGGUGCCUAUGAUGGUCUUGGAAUCGUUUUGAGUAUUCUUCUUGUUGUGUUUGUUACUGCCACAAGUGAUUAUAAACAAUCUUUGCAGUUCAGAGAUUUAGACAAGGAGAAGAAAAAAAUUAUGGUUCAGGUUACCAGAGAUGGCCUGAGGCAGAAAGUAUCAAUAUUUGAUCUGCUUCCUGGUGAUCUUGUUCAUCUUGCCAUUGGUGAUCAGGUCCCAGCUGACGGACUCUUCAUUUCGGGGUUUUCAGUUUUGAUAAAUGAAUCUUGUUUGACUGGGGAGUGCGAACCGGUUAAUGUGAAUGCAGCAAAUCCUUUUCUCCUCUCUGGAACCAAAGUGCAGGAUGGAUCAUGCAAGAUGCUUAUAACUACUGUUGGGAUGAGGACCCAAUGGGGUAAACUGAUGGCUACUCUUAGUGAAGGUGGAGAUGAUGAGACCCCAUUGCAGGUUAAACUGAAUGGAGUUGCAACAAUUAUUGGGAAAAUAGGUUUGUAUUUUGCUAUUGUGACAUUUGCUGUUCUGGUUCAAGGAUUGUUUAGCCGUAAGAUACAGGAAGGUACACAUUGGAUUUGGUCUGGAGAUGACGCUAUGGAAAUGUUGGAAUUUUUUGCUAUUGCUGUUACAAUUGUUGUGGUUGCUGUUCCUGAGGGACUACCUUUGGCUGUGACAUUAAGCCUUGCUUUUGCCAUGAAGAAGAUGAUGAAAGACAAGGCACUUGUCCGCCAUCUGGCUGCUUGUGAGACAAUGGGAUCUUCUACAAAUAUAUGCAGUGAUAAAACAGGCACACUAACUAGUAACCACAUGACUGUUGUGAAAACAUGCAUUUGUGAAGAAAUCAAGGAAGUGAGCAGCUCCAAUAAGAGUUAUAAUUUUAGAUCUGCAGUUCCUGAAUCUGCUGUGAAAAUUCUACUUCAGUCAAUAUUCAAUAACACUGGGGGAGAAGUUGUUAAUAGCAAAGAAAACAAAAUUGAGAUACUGGGGACACCAACAGAAACUGCUCUUUUAGAAUUUGCAUUAUUGCUUGGUGGAGAUUUCCAAGCUGAACGACAAGCAUCGACAAUUGUGAAAGUCGAGCCUUUCAACUCUGCAAAGAAGAGAAUGGGUGUAGUUAUAGAGCUUCCUGAAGGAGGUUUCCGAGUGCACUCUAAAGGUGCUUCUGAAAUAAUCUUAGCUGCAUGUGACAAAGUAAUAGACUCAAAUGGUGAUGUUGUUCCCCUGGAUGAACGAUCCACCAAUCAUCUAAAGAAUAUAAUUGAACUAUUUGCCAGUGAAGCACUUCGAACUUUAUGCCUUGCUUACAUGGAUAUUGGAACUGAAUUUUCUGUUGACAGUGCUCUUCCCCUUAAAGGGUACACUUGCAUAGGCAUUGUUGGCAUUAAAGAUCCAGUACGCCCUGGUGUUAAGGAGUCUGUGGCCAUAUGCAGGUCAGCUGGUAUUACUGUGCGGAUGGUCACAGGAGACAAUAUAAACACUGCUAAGGCUAUUGCAAGGGAAAUUGGAAUUUUGACUGACAAUGGUAUAGCAAUUGAAGGCCCAGAAUUCAGGGAGAAAUCUGAGGAGGAGUUGCAUGAACUAAUUCCAAAAAUGCAGGUAAUGGCUCGAUCUUCACCUAUGGAUAAACACACUCUUGUGAAACACCUACGAACCACAUUUGGAGAAGUAGUUGCUGUGACUGGAGAUGGUACAAAUGAUGCUCCAGCACUUCAUGAAGCUGAUAUUGGGCUUGCAAUGGGCAUUGCUGGGACUGAGGUGGCCAAAGAAAGUGCUGAUGUCAUAAUCCUGGAUGAUAACUUUUCCACAAUUGUGACUGUGGCUAAAUGGGGGCGUUCAGUUUAUAUAAAUAUCCAAAAAUUUGUUCAGUUUCAGCUGACAGUCAAUGUGGUUGCCCUAAUUGUCAACUUUUCUUCAGCCUGUUUAACAGGAAAUGCUCCGCUCACUGCUGUUCAACUUCUAUGGGUUAACAUGAUCAUGGAUACGUUAGGGGCACUUGCAUUAGCUACAGAGCCUCCUAACAAUGACUUGAUGAAGAGAUUACCAGUUGGUAGGAAGGGAAACUUCAUCAGUAAUGUAAUGUGGAGGAAUAUUUUAGGGCAGUCCAUAUAUCAGUUUGUGAUUAUAUGGUAUCUUCAGACAAGAGGAAAGGCAGCUUUUCAUCUUGACGGCCCAGACUCUGAGUUGAUAUUGAACACACUUAUUUUCAACUCAUUUGUCUUUUGUCAGGUUUUCAAUGAAAUUAGCUCCAGAGAUAUGGAGAAGAUAAAUGUUCUUAGAGGCAUACUGAAGAACCAUGUUUUUGUUGCUGUGCUAAGUUGCACCAUCAUCUUCCAAAUUGUAAUUGUAGAGUUCCUUGGUACCUUUGCAAGCACUUGCCCUCUCACUUUGCAGCAGUGGUUUGCCAGUGUCUUCCUUGGAUUCCUUGGGAUGCCAAUUGCUGCCGCUUUAAAGUUGAUUCCUGUAGGCUCAAACUGAGAUCAGGGCAAUCUAGAUACUUGAUUUUUUUUUUUUGACAUGUUUGUCCAAAUUGUCAUCUUGUACUUUGUUUUUGCCCCUUGUUUUGUUUAAUCACUUGGUCACACAGCAGUAGCAUCAUUGGAUGAUGAAAAUUUUAUUGCACAGUAAAGUCGAAAGGCCAGCAAAUUUUUUUUAGGGAGGUCGCUUAUACUGCUGCAAGACAUGUCAACCUUUUGUAAGCACGCUCUUACAUAUUCUUUCACUAAAGCAUUACUUGGAAUUGAAGAGAUUUGUACGGACAUUCUAAUUUGAUUUA